GUCCAGUGGCCCCUCGGCCUCCACCAGCGGCUGAAGAAGGAGCAGGAACCCGCUCUCCGACGACAGAAAGAACCCGGAGAGUUAGCGCGUUAGCUAGCUCACGUUAGCCGGCGGACCGCGCGCAGAGAUCUGUCCCUGAACACCAUGACUCCUCCUCAGCAGCAGCUCGAGCUCCGACAGCCUCGCUCCCCCAUCAUCACACAGAAGGUACAGUUGAUCUACAAACUGUUUCUGCUGGAAAACGCCAGGAGGACGCUGGAGGAAGAGCUGAGCAGCGUCACCAACAAGGCCUAUGACGAUGUCCAAGGUUUCUUGAAUCCAUCUUCUCCCACCAGUAUGUUCAGUGAUGUCACUGAUGCUAUGGAUGCUAAAUGUCGAGCUAUGGACAAGCUCACAGCUUUAUUAAAGGAUCUCAUAGGUGAGCCGCGUGAUUGUGUUCAGCCCGCUGUCACAAUCGGAGAGAGAACAAACCGGUUACAGCCACUCGGAGACAAGGGGGUCCUGAUGACAGAUGUUCUCAAGUUUGGGCCCAUGUUACAGAACGUGCUCCUGGCAAGCUCCAUAGCGAAAGCAGUCCAGGUGGUUGGAGGCACACUGUCCCUUCAGCAGCUGAAACAUUUCCUCAUCUCCCAGCCUGCAGUGGCCCGGGAGGAUGACAUGAUUUACAGCAUCUCUAGUGGCUGCAACAGCGCCAUUCAGACCACGAGCUCGUCCUGUAAUUUAAAGGGUGAAGAAAAAGAACAAGCUGUUACUUAUGAGGAGAAAAGCCAACCAGAUGAUGCGAUUCUGCCACCUGCCAUUAUUCAGAGCCCAAAGAUUCAUGCAGAGAGACCACCACCACCACUACUACCUCCAAUACAAGCUGUAUUUCCAGAAAUCAGCAAACCAACACCCAUGAAAAUGACACAACUAAUUAAGUGGGGAUGGGAGGACAAUGUCCAGGUGCAACACCAAAAACAAACAUCCUCUCAGCUGCAGCACUUCCUCAGGGCCAAAGCCAAAAACUCCAGUGCACUGGAGGUCACAGUCAUGAAGUGGAAUGAAAGUAUCUACGCCUCAAGUUCACCACAGUCAACAUCGCCUACCAUCAAAACACAAAGCUACCCAUUCAGAAAUGUUGUGACAGACAAUCUUGUCGAAGCUCUAGCCCCGAAAACAUUUUGUGCAGACAUUGAAAAUCAAGCCCCUGUCUUCAGAGUAAAACGAAUGGAAUCGAGCGGCUCUCUGACCUACACUUGUGUGAUUGCCACAAAGACGGAACUGUGGGAUAUUGGAGACAUCUUCACAGAGGUGCAACAAGCACAUUCUGAUGGCAGCCCAGAGAAAAAAGAAGGCUGCCAAAAUAUAACUGCUCAAGUGGAGAACUCUUGUAUAAACAUCCAGUGGAAAACCCAAACACUCCAGUGCACAGAACCUGAAAGAGAGAACAAUUCCGCUGGCGCAGAAACACCGGCUAUCAACAGUGUUAUUAUUCCCGAGUUCCAGAUCCGGAAGUUUGAAGAGACUGAAGUUGUGGUGUCUCAUAUUAUCAGCCCAGGCAACUUCUACAUCCAGCAUGCAGACUCCCUCUCGAAGCUGCAGGCCCCUGUUACAGACAGCUGGAAAGCCAGUAGUUCAUAUGCCGAGCAGAACUGCAUUCCAGACAUUGGAACCCAAGUAAUGGGUUGGUUCCCUAAGCGAGAACAAUGGUGCAGGGCUCAGGUGACAAAGAUAUGUGGAGUAAGUGGAGAUAAUAACUCCACUGAUGGUGCCAGGGGUGAGACUUCCAUCAACGUGGAGGUGAAGAGGCUGGACCACGGUGACACUGCCUGCCUCUCACUGUGGAACAUAAAGGAUCUGAACCCAGAAAUGGCGGCUCUUCCAUUUCAGGCUUUACAGGUCUCGCUUGCAAAUGUGAUGCCUGUGAAUGGGAGGGACUGGUCUGAAGAGGCAGUGGGCUGGUUCAAAGUGAUGGUGCACAACAGGACACUUUAUGCCCGACUCUACCCGCAGGGGCCCAAAGUUACAGUCGAGCUGUUUCUGGAAAAGGGCAAGCUCGGAGCAAUGAGGAGAAGUGCGUCAUUGUCUCUGAGACUGGCUCAAAAUGGACAUGCAAAACACAGCAAAUUGAAGAAUGUGGGUCUCAUGAAAAGCACUUUUAAACAAAAACUGGGAAAACAGGAUUCUGACUGGGAGAAAUACCUCAUCUCCUGCUAUACUCAAACUCCAUUAGUGUGCAGCAGCUCAUAUAUUUUCUGGAUUAAUCUGAGAACCUGUGAAUGACUGCGUGCUCUCAAUGACAGUGGCUCAGGUCAA